AUGUCUGAUUCAUCCGAGCGUUAUGCCUUUCGUCGAUCCCCACGAUUAAGGUCAGCCCAACUCUCCGCAGACUCCGAAGACCGCUCAAGUCAAAUAUCAACAUCACAGAGGGCCGAAAAUGACGUGCAAGACGAAGAAUCUGAAAAUGACGUGCAAGACGAAGAAUCUCAAAAUCCCUCUGAUGAUGAUUCAGGCACUCCAUCGACUGUUUGCCCAGUUGAUUCCCCCAUCAACGCGGUGCCCUCUCGAGAAGCCUCGGAAGACACGCAUGCUUCUGAACAGCCGACUGAAGAAGGUCCUGAUUCGCCCUUGGAACCUUCACCGAACCGUAGGACCUUUGACAGCUUCAGCAUUUCACCCGGACGAUCCGGUCUUCGGUGCCGGCAGGCGACUUUGAAGAAAAUCACACCUCUCGAUCAUCCCAGUCGUCUUCAAGGCCGGCAGAUCAAGAGUCUGACCAAGACUAUGAUCAAGAGUCGGAUACAAUCCAACGGUCUUUGGUUCCGGCUGGCGACUUCGAAGAAUACCCCGACACCCGAUCAUCCCAGGGGUCUUCCAGGCCAGCAGAUGAAGAGUCUCCAGCUUCUCAACGCUCUCCCGUAA